UUUAUUGCAUGAUCUAAUACAUGAUAUUAUAUGACUAAAACUGAGAUAUCUCGAUUAAAACGGGAAAAAUCGAAAACGUUCAAAUUGUUUCUGUCCAGUUUUUAUAUUUGUCUAAAACAAAAAAAAACGAUCGAAAUAUCUAAAUAUGAAUUUGAAUAGGUUAAUAUAGAAAUUGGUGUGAAACUAAACGGUAUAUAUCUCUAUCAUUGUCACCUCUAGUCACGCCAUGGAGGGAGUUUCAGGAGGUCACCAUGUCCAUGUGGUUCUCCGUCGGUCUUAAAAUGGUGGUGUUUUGUCACGUACAAAAUAAGGGAGUUAUUUGUAGUUCAAUAGACAAACGUUCAUGACUUGGUCCCCAAUCCCAUUUUAAUUAAAGCGUCGUGUUACACAAGUCAACCAAAGUCAAUCGCCGCGCUUAAUUUGCUCUCGCCCGCCCGCCCGCUACGUCUCCCAUUUCCUUAUUAAAAAGAACCAAAUCUAUCCAUGCAUGAAAGCAUCUCGUCUCCAUGGACACCAGCGGCAUCGUCGGGUCCGUGGACGGGCACAGGCCCGCGGCGAGCGGCGCGGUGGCCUGCCCUGCAUCCGGCGUUUCAGGCUUCAUCACGUCCACCGGCGGCGGCGGGGAGCCUCCUCCUAGGGACGCGACCCUGGGCCGGCACCUGGCGCGGCGGCUGGUGCAGGUGGGCGUGAGCGACGUGUUCGCCGUGCCGGGGGACUUCAACCUGACGCUGCUGGACCACCUGAUCGCGGAGCCCGGCCUCCGCGUGGUCGGCUGCUGCAACGAGCUCAACGCCGGGUACGCCGCCGACGGGUACGCGCGCGCGCGGGGCGUGGGCGCCUGCGUUGUCACCUUCACCGUGGGCGGGCUCAGCGUGCUCAACGCCAUCGCCGGCGCCUACAGCGAGAACCUGCCCGUGGUGUGCGUGGUGGGCGGGCCCAACUCCAACGACUACGGCACCAACCGCGUCCUCCACCACACCAUCGGCCUCCCGGACUUCUCGCAGGAGCUGCGGUGCUUCCAGCCCGUCACCUGCCACCAGGCCGUCGUCAACAACCUGGAGGACGCGCACGAGCAGAUCGACGGGGCCAUCUCCACGGCGCUCAGGGAGAGCAAGCCCGUCUACAUGAGCGUCAGCUGCAACCUGCCGGGGCUGCCGCAUCCGACGUUCGCCACGGACCCUGUGCCAUACUUGCUGGCGCCAAGGCCUAGCAACCUGACGGGUCUCGCCGCCGCCGUCGAGGCCACCGUGUCGUUCCUCGACAAGGCCGUGAAGCCGGUGGUGGUGGCCGGCCCCAAGAUCCGCGUGGCCAAGGCCGCCGCCGCCUUCGUGGAGCUGGCGGAGGCGAGCGGGUACGCGGUGGCGGCCAUGCCGUCGGCCAAGGGCCUGGUGCCGGAGACGCUGCCGCGGUUCCUGGGCACCUACUGGGGCGCCGUGAGCACGGCGUUCUGCGCCGAGAUCGUGGAGUCCGCCGACGCCUACCUCUUGGCGGGCCCCAUCUUCAACGACUACAGCUCCGUGGGCUACUCCAUCCUGCUCAGGAAGGACAAGGCGGUGGUGGUGCAGCCGGACCGCGUCACCGUCGGCAACGGCCCCACCUUCGGCUGCGUCAUGAUGAGGGACUUCCUGUCGGCGCUGGCCAAGCGCGUGCGCCCCAACACCACCGCCUACGACAACUACCGGAGGAUCUUCGUCCCCGGCGGGCAGCCGCCCGAGUGCGAGGCCGGCGAGCCCCUCCGCGUCAACGUCCUCUUCAAGCACAUCCAGAGGAUGCUCAGCGGCGGCAGCGCCGUCAUCGCGGAGACGGGAGACUCGUGGUUCAACUGCCAGAAGCUGCGGCUACCCGACGGCUGCGGGUACGAGUUCCAGAUGCAGUACGGGUCCAUCGGCUGGUCGGUUGGCGCGCUGCUCGGCUACGCCCAGGGCGCCCCCGACAAGCGCGUCAUCGCCUGCAUCGGCGACGGCAGCUUCCAGGUGACGGCGCAGGACGUGUCGACGAUGCUCCGGUGCGAGCAGAGGAGCAUCAUCUUCCUCAUCAACAACGGCGGCUACACCAUCGAGGUGGAGAUCCACGACGGGCCCUACAACGUCAUCAAGAACUGGGACUACACGGGCCUCGUCGACGCCAUCCACAACGGCCAGGGGAGGUGCUGGACCGCUAGGGUGGCCACGGAGGAGGAGCUCACGGCGGCCAUCGCCACGGCCACCGGCGACGACAGAAAGGACUGCCUCUGCUUCAUCGAGGUGGUGGUGCACAAGGAUGACACCAGCAAGGAGCUCCUGGAAUGGGGCUCCAGGGUCUCCGCCGCAAACUCCAGGCCACCCAACCCGCAGUAGCUUCCUUGUGUCAUCAUGAAAUAAAUGAAUGAAUAAUAGAUCAAAGUGGAUGGCGAAGUACUAGUAUAUUGUUAACAGGGAAAACCAAAUAUUGCUAGGAGCAAAGUAAAAAAAAUAACAUGCGAAUGUGGCUGCUGGGAUUCGAGCCCAGGUCUCUACGGCCACAACGUAGAAUUCUGACCACUAAACUACAGCCACUUUUAA